CACCCCUCCCGUCAAAACAAUUACUGAAAAGUUGCACACAGUUGCACAUUCACGGGAAAAAGAGAAACGUUGGUUUAACGUUCUGGGUCUACGUCACUGCGUUGGCAUUGAAUUAACAUCGGCUCUCCUGUUAAAUCAACAUACUACGAUCCAGCUGCAUUAGCAGAAAUAUUUCGGCUUGCGCAGGCGCAGUGUAUUCAUGAGCACAUGUUUAAUUUCAAUGUCGAUCUCGUUUAUCGGUCGCGAUUCCCAAUAUAUACCCUAAGAAUUUAAUAUAUAUUUUGGUUAAUAUAUUAGAAGUAGAAUAAAAUUUAUGAAAAAAGGCGAGUACAUUUUUAAUUUUCGGGUCAAAUAAACGACCAAAAUGAGUUUGCAGUUACAGAAAAGUGCAGAUAAUAGUUCGCAAUCAAUUGAAAAUACUGAUUUUACAAGAAGUCGAAGUGAUUCUACAUCGAAUUCAAUAAGUCGAGAAGAGUUGCUAAAAUCCGAGUUUUGGAAAAAAGUGUUUCAUCGUCUACCUGGAAGAAAGGCGUUAAUUUUACAGGAAACAAAUCAACCUCAAUGGCGUGAUUAUCUUGUUGACGCUAUCAUACAAGUCGAAUUGGAAGCAAAUGCAAAUUACACUAUUUCGAGACAACGAUUCGAGCAUAUAAAAAGCGACGUUUUAUUGAUAAUUCCGACUGAGUCUACUGUUGAAGGACGCGAAAAUGGAUGUGACGGUGGACUUUGGUAUACUCCAUCCAAUGGGUUAAUAAAAACUCGCGGAAAACUAUAUAAUAAAUAUAUAAAUGAAAGAAGAGAUUUAAUUAACUGUGGACUCAUUAAUGUGAAUAAAAAUACCAGUGUGGACGAACAAAACAUUGAUAAUGACGGAAUCGAAAAAUUGGAAUUUUUUAAGCACACGGUUGAGCCGUUUGACACUGUGCUGGUAAAAUGGAACGCGACAUAUGAAAUUAGAAAACGUGUUGCGAAAAAUUGGACCAUUCCUGAGAAGUUUUUGAAUUUCAAGGCCCUUUCUCAGCCUAGAGGUUAUUUGCUGCUUGAACAAGAUUUCUUCCUAAAACAUCCUAUUGACAAUGACAUUCUUUACUCCAAGUGGCCAACGAUAUCUUCGAAAAUAAUCGCUCUUUCAACUUGCAGAAAGAAAGAAGCAAAAGUUAAGAAAUUCCUAAAAGAAAAUGAAAAUCUGUUGAAAGCAGAUUGUCGAGAAAUUGCUGCACUGCUUCUGUUGCCAAUUUUAAUUGGACCCAGUACGGCAAAAGUAAAAUUUAACGGAAAGCAUUGGAAACCAAAAUUAGAGGAUUCAAAAGAUACGUUUCUUAAAGUCGUAAAGUCCGAAGAGGAGGUGCAAAAUUUUUUGACUGAAAAAAGAGAAUUUUAUAAACAGUGCAACUCAAAUUUAGGACCCCUCGCUUUCAUUGUCGGAUCUCUUCCUGAAAUCUCACAUUGUUACGUUGCCGUAGAUAAAACGCUUUAUCAUUGUAGUACGCCUCUUAAUGCUAUCGACGUUUGCUUUAAAAUAUCUGCAGCUCUCGGAUGUGAGUAUCCUUUAGAAGGUCGUUAUCCUUGGAUUUUUUUGGAAAAAGCUGUAUAUGGACUGUCUACAACAGUAAUUUCUCCCAAUGCGGUCACAGCUUUAAUUACCGAUUUAAGUAGUGCAACUUCAGAACAAUAA